CCUGACAUGCACCAACAGCUGUGGACCAAAACAGGAUUCCUCCAGACUGAAAACUAGGGCAGUGCUCACAGGGCGCACUCACACACGAGGCCAGGGUGGGUAAGCAGUAGCUGCCUGGGAGCUGAGAUUCAGAGAGACCACCAAGCCUACCACGAGAGAGCAUCCAAACACUCAGGAGCAAUGGAGGACAAGACGACGAAGGUGCGCAUAGCGUUCUUCUUCAUCCUGGUGGGUAUCUCCACCAUGUUUGCUGCCGUGGUGACCGAUCACUGGGCCGUCCUGAGCCCACGGGUGGAGCAGCUCAACACCACCUGCCAGGCGGCGCAUUUCGGACUCUGGAGACUUUGUUUAAAAAGCAUCUACAUUCAGGAGCCAGACCCCAAAGGAAAGGGCUGUGGACCAAUAAGCCUUCCUGGAGAACAAAACUGCUCCUAUUUCAAGCACUUCACCUCAGGAGAAGAUGCAAAAAUGUUUCAAGUUAAAACCCAAAAAGAGUACAACAUCUCGGCCGCGGCCAUCGCCAUCAUCAGCGUGGGCUUCAUGAUUCUUGGAACCAUCUGCACACUGGUGUCCUUCAAGAAGAGCCUGGACUACCUCCUGAAGCCAGCCGGCAUGUUCUUCACCUUCGCAGGUCUGUGCAUCAUCAUCUCAGUGGAGGUGAUACGUCAGUCUGUGAAGAGGAUGAUCGACAGCGACGAGACUGUCUGGAUCGAGUACUAUUACUCGUGGUCGUUCGCCUGCGCCUGCGCUGCCUUCGUCCUGCUCUUCCUCAGCGGGAUCGCCCUGCUGCUCAUCUCCAUGCCCCAGAUGCCUCAGAACCCCUGGGAGACGUGCAUGGACGCCGAGCCUGAGACACAUGACUAAUGGCGGAGCAGGACGAGACAAACUGCAACCAGCAGUCUUUAAAAAAAAAAAAAAAAAA